GCGCGGACUUCCAAGUUUCUCAAGAGCGAGACGUUAAUUAUCCACGCGACAAGAGAGGCGCGUGCAGUACAGACGCUCCCCGACAAGAGAGGCCCAACCUACCUAUCUACCGAACGGAAAGCCGUGAAGAAAAUAUCCAAAUCCUCUCCGUCCCUCCCGGCGUCAUGAUGCGGAGAAUUCCGUCUUUGUAAAGAUCUCUCCUUUUCCGUUUUCCAAUGGCGCCUUUUGUCGAACUCUGUCGGUACAAGCCGAUACCUCCCUCGGCAACUUCUAUCUACGCAUAUCCUUGCCGUUCUUCCUCCACGGAAACCCUAAUUCUUCCCCAAUUCACUUCCAAUGCGAAUUCGGGUCUCGUCUUCGAUUCCAAACCAAUGUUCCGUACGCGCCCGGUUCGUGUUUCUGUCAGUCGGCGGGUCAUUACCGCCGUAGCCCGAGCUGAAUUGAACGGGUUUGGCGAUGACGAUUCAAAGGAGCAAGUCGAUGGAGGCCAUGAAUCGCAGAAUGUUGGGGAUUCGGGUUCGGAGCAUCAGCAGAAAGCAAACCAGUUCAAGAACAGAGUCAUAUUUGGCCUCGGCAUCGGAAUAUUGGCCGGAGGUAUUGUAUUGGCUGGAGGAUGGGUUUUCACACUAGCAUUAGCAGCGGCCGUUUUUAUAGGUGCCCGAGAAUAUUUUGAGCUUGUUAGAAGUAGGGGGAUUGCUGCAGGAAUGACACCUCCUCCGCGAUAUGUAUCCCGAGUCUGCUCAGUUAUCUGUGCCCUUAUGCCGUUACUUACAUUGUAUUUUGGUCACAUCGACAUUUCGGUGACAUCGGCAGCAUUUGUUGUGGCGAUGGCAUUGCUGUUACAGAGAGGGAACCCUCGUUUUGCUCAGCUGAGUAGUACUAUGUUCGGCCUAUUCUAUUGCGGGUAUCUCCCUUGCUUCUGGGUUAAGCUUAGAUGUGGUCUUGCUGCUCCUGCGCUAAACACUGGAAUCGGAGGAUCAUGGCCUGUUCUUCUUGGCGGCCAAGCUCACUGGUCAGUGGGACUUGUGGCAACACUGAUUUCAAUCAGUGGUGUAAUUGCGGCAGAUACAUUUGCUUUUCUGGGUGGCAAGGCAUUUGGUAGGACCCCUCUCAUUAGUGUCAGUCCGAAAAAGACAUGGGAGGGAACUCUUGCUGGUCUUGCUGGCUGUAUAGCCUCGACAACGUUGUUGUCUAAAUUCUUUAGCUGGCCUCAAUCUUUGUUAAGCUCAAUAGCAUUCGGGUUUCUGAAUUUCGUCGGCUCUGUCUUCGGUGACCUUACCGAGUCAAUGAUCAAACGUGAUGCGGGUGUCAAGGAUUCCGGCUCUCUGAUCCCUGGACACGGGGGAAUACUCGACAGAGUGGAUAGUUACAUAUUCACCGGUGCAUUGGCCUACUCUUUCAUCAAAACUUUCCUGAGAUUAUAUGGAGUUUGAUCUGCACGAGCCGAGCAAUAAGCCCAUAUGGCUCGGGAAACCUACGGCCGUGACUGAUUCCAAAGGGCGUAGCUUUGGUGACGUGGCUGAAAAAGGAUCGGCCAAAACGAACGGGGUGAUAGUUCCACUGGUUCAGGUUUAUACGGCUAAUGCGCUUUCUGGUUCAAUCUAAGAGCCGAUCGUCACUUGGAAAUUGGUUCUUGGGGAAAAUAUCUUAUGGAUAUGAUUGUUCUACAAACCCUUUUUCCUGCCAUUAAUAUUUAGAUAUAAUUUGUUAUUUAUAUAUUAUUUGUGAUUCCUCA